UACAAGUAUGUACAGUCAACUAGGUUGGAUUUCAUUGGCGCUCUCUACUCUUUGUAAUUUGGCGCUGCGCGGCGGCUGCUUCUAUUGCUAUACUUGUCUUCUCUUCUCUUCUCCGUUAAGCUUUCACUAUCAUCAGGUAAAUUAGGGUUGCAGAGUUGGGUAAAUUGUACCUGGUUUCAGUUCGAUUUUAAACUCAAUUUCGUUUUGACAUAUGCUAUCAUAGCUGAAACUGCUUAUGGAUUCUGAAGCUUGUGUGGAUCUGUGCAAAGAAUCUGAGGAGAAACAGGAUGAGAGUAUUGGUACAAUUGAAGUCAACAAUGAUGUUCCUCCUAAGGCUAAGGUUGUAGAAGCCACUGAUUGUCUAGUUCCUAUAACUCCUGACUCUGGUAGAGAGAAUGGUGAUUUUCAAUCUCCUCUCACACUCACUGUGGUCAGGAAACAACUGAAACUAGCCUGUAUUGAUUCUGAACGCAAUGCCAGUGGCAGUGUUGAUAAUAAUAACUGUAGCCCCCGAACACCCAAGGAUGGUGUUUUUGACCCCUUUGCACAUGGUCCUGAUUACAUGGCACGUGCACCCUACAGUAACAAGUGUCUUGAUGAAUCAAGGAUCGGUGUUGCCCGGCAACUUAAUUUUCAUGUUGUUCAACAACAGAAUCCUUUUCAUGACGCAGAAUCUCUUUCGGACAAUGACAUGUUUGAAUCAGUAUAUGAGAAUAUUUUGCAAGUUAUUGUUUCGAACCAAAGUGAGGAGGGUGUUUCUGUUCUAAUGUCUAAUGUAGAAUGUGAUUCAGUUGAUUGUAAAACACCUCCUUCCCCUCCCCAUUUCACUGGAAUUGCAGAUACUUGUCCCGGUGCACCCAGGAAACCGGCUUGUAAACCAAGGAACAUUCAACCGGGGUUAUGCAAAAAGCUUGAAUUCUGACUCAACCUAAAUGGAGCAUGGUUUAUGCAUAUAUCUGGACUAGUUAAACAUCACAUUCAUUCGUAAGUUUUGUGCUGCUAGUUUUAAUGUUCAUCAUGUUCUAUGUAUCUCUAACAACUGCUUCUGAUUCUGACCCAGCUGAUAGAUGUAGCAGCUAUAUUGUAUAGUAAACUAUUGAUGUCAGUUUAUUUUAUAAUGAAUUAUUCUCC